UCUCUUUAAGUCUGCUCGCAGCUCUGUCCCUGUUAGCCUCCUGCUAUCUGUUUUUUCAUGCAUCAAAAUGGCUGUCGCUCCUGAGAGUAGAGUCCUCACUUACAGCGUUUUUAAAUGGAGUUCCUACUCCUCUACCUAUUUACCUGAGAAUAUUUUGGUGGAUAAACCGAAUGAUCAGUCUUCCAGGUGGUCUUCUGAGAGCAACUACCCUCCACAGUUUUUAAUCUUAAAAUUGGAAAGGCCAGCAAUAGUUCAGAGCAUCACCUUUGGGAAAUAUGAGAAGACCCACGUCUGCAACCUCAAGAAAUUCAAAGUAUUUGGUGGAAUGAGUGAGGAGAACAUGACCGAGCUUCUGUCCAGUGGCCUUAAGAAUGAUUACAACAAGGAGACGUUUACGUUAAAGCACAAGAUCGAUGAGCAGAUGUUCCCCUGCAGAUUUGUCAAAAUAGUGCCUCUGAUGUCUUGGGGUCCAAGUUUUAACUUUAGCAUUUGGUACAUUGAACUGCAUGGCAUAGAAGAUCCAGAUGUGGUGCAGCCCUGCCUUAACUGGUAUAGCAAGUACAGAGAGCAGGAAGCAAUCCGCCUCUGCCUGAAACACUUCCGACAGCAUAACUACACCGAGGCCUUUGAGUCUCUGCAGAAGAAGACUCGGAUAGCGCUGGAGCACCCCAUGCUGACUCACCUCCACGACCGGCUGGUGCUGCAGGGGGAUUUUGAUGCCUGUGAGGAGUUCAUAGACAAAGCUGUCAAAGAUGGUUUGUUUAACCAGUAUAUCAGCCAGCAGGAGUACAAGCCCAGGUGGAGUCAGAUCAUCCCCAAAUGUAACAAAGGUACAAGCAGCCAAGAAAUCAGCAGAGACGACAUAAACAGUGAUGGUGAUGACAACAGGCCAGGAAUGAGGGGGGGCCACCAAAUGGUCAUUGAUGUGCAGACUGAAACGGUAUAUCUGUUUGGAGGCUGGGAUGGCACUCAGGAUCUGGCAGACUUCUGGGCUUACAGUGUUCUGGAGAACCAGUGGGCCUGCAUCUCCAGGGACACAGAAAAAGAGAGUGGUCCAAGUGCUCGCUCCUGCCACAAGAUGUGCAUCGACUCACAGAGACGGCAGAUCUACACUCUGGGCCGCUACCUGGACUCCAGCGUCAGGAACAGCAAGUCUUUGAAGAGUGACUUCUAUCGUUACGACAUCGACGCCAACACCUGGACGCUGCUUAGUGAGGACACUUCAGCUGACGGAGGACCGAAGCUGGUGUUUGACCACCAGAUGUGCAUGGACUCAGAGAAGCACAUGAUCUACACGUUUGGCGGUCGCAUCCUCACGUGUAACGGCAGCGUGGAGGACAGCCGCACGUCGGAGCCACAGUUCAGCGGCCUGUACGCCUUCCACUGCCAGGCGGGGUCGUGGAGCCUCCUGAGGGAAGACUCCUGCAACGCCGGCCCAGAGGACAUUCAGUCUCGCAUCGGACACUGCAUGCUCUUCCACACUAGAAACCGCUGCCUCUAUGUGUUUGGAGGUCAGAGGUCCAAGACUUACCUCAAUGAUUUCUUCAGCUACGAUGUGGACGGAGACCACGUGGAGAUCAUUUCUGAUGGCACCAAGAAGGACUCCGGCAUGGUUCCCAUGACGGGCUUCACCCAGAGGGCCACCAUCGACCCCGAGCUCAACGAGAUCCACGUCCUCUCGGGACUCAGCAAAGACAAGGACAAGCGCGAGGAGAACGUGCGCAACUCCUUCUGGAUUUACGACAUCGCCCGUAAUAACUGGUCAUGCGUCUACAAGAACGAUCAAGCAAUGAAGGAAAACCCAAACAAGACCCUGCAGGAGGAGGAGCCUUGUCCUCGCUUCGCACACCAGCUGGUCUACGACGAGAUGCACAAAGUCCAUUAUCUCUUCGGAGGAAACCCCGGGAAGUCGUGCUCUCCUAAAAUGCGCCUGGAUGACUUCUGGUCCCUCCGACUGUGUCGGCCCUCUAAGGAGUACCUGCUCCGCCACUGCAGAUACCUCAUCAGGAAAUACAGAUUUGAAGAAAAAGCCCAGUCAGAGCCGCUCAGCGCUCUGAAGUACCUGCAGAAUGACCUGUCGCUCACCGUCGACCACACGGACCCCGACGAGACCAAAGAGUUCCAGCUCCUGCCGUCGGCUCUUUUCAAGUCCGGCUCGGAUUUCAUCCCUCUGGGUUUCUCCGACGUCGAUCAGACGUACGCUCAGAGGACGCAGCUCUUUGACACGCUGGUCAACUUCUUUCCAGACAGCAUGACGCCGCCGAAGGGCAACCUGGUAGACCUCAUCACCCUUUAGCAUCUCACCUUCCACCACCUCGCCCGACACACUGGUUGGGACUCCCCGCUGUGUUACGAAUGUGAGACAGAAACCAGGUAUUUUUGUAGUCACAAAUCCCACCGGUCGGAUCGCACUCCGCCCACCUCCAUCACACUGAGCUGCUUCUGGGCGGGGCAGCAGGCCGGCCACACCCAGGGGGGAGGAGCAUACAGAGAUGGAUGUGAAUGAAGACGUUCCGGAGCAUGCUAAACCCACUCACGUCUGCCAAAAAUAUGUCAAUUUUUUCUUCUUUAAGCCAAAAAACAUUCAUUUUUUUGCUGUUUUUUUUCCUUAAAUGCUGGAUUUUUACACACAAACUUUAUGACUGGAAGCUGAAUUUAUUUAUUUAAAGAGAACAACUUUCAUCCUAUUUCUCUGAAGAUUUUGGUUCAACUGAUCUUCAUCAUAAGCUCUUCAAUUCAGUUCAGCAGAAAAAUAUAUGUAUUUAUAAAGAGGGAUUCUCUCUGCCGAACUGGCAACUCAACCUAAAUCUUUUCCUUAAACUUCUUAAGCUCCUAAUUGGUUUAGAUUCCUGUUUCAUUGAGAGCUCUUACUUCAUCCCAGAAAUCCUUCCGUCUCUAUGGAAGAAAGAACAUGUCAGCGUUGGAGCUGAUAAGGCUGUUUAUCCAGACUCCACAAAGUAGGAGAAAAAUAGACAUUUUAGCACAAAUUCCUCAUAGCAUCAGAGAAGCACGGUGAUGGAGGGUCAUGGUGUGGGCUUUUUUUUUUUUAAUUACCUGCGGCCAGGAAAAAAUAGAUUCUUUCCAGCACUUUAAGGUGCUUUUAUACUUUAAUAAGAGGAGAAAUUCUGAUAAUAACGACUCUGAACUCACUUUUAUGUGUUUGAUCCGUUUGAUGGAUUUCCGAGUUUGGAAUGCUGUGAUUUUCGGAGGUCCGGUCCUUUAGUUUGUGCGGCAGAUCCACCGUUGUUCACACAAAGCUUUAGGUUGUUGGUGGAGAGGGCGUGGCCUCUCGCCGUCUCUCAAACGAACGUGAAUGUUCUGGUACCUGCCUUAUUUCUAAUGUGGUUGAUCCUUUUGAAGGAAGUUGGAUUCUGGCGGGAACUCUAAAUGUGUCGGUGAGGAUUGAAGCUGUGAAGAAGAACCUGAACUAACUGUAGGUUGAAGUAUUAUUUAUGUUUGCCUUUUUCCCCCUAAAAAUUAUUUUCAAUGAAUUAAAAACUAACUUUACAUUCCUUAAAUAUAAAAUGAAUCUAAAACAUAAUUCUAAAAAUAUACCUUUUAAGUUUGCUCUUUUAAGUGUUUCAUCUGAUGCCUUUUCUCUUUCUGGAGCUUAAACACACAAAUCCUUUAACAGAACUACGUGAAACGACUUUUGUUUACAUGGUAAUAAUCUGAAAAUUGAAGUAUUUUUAAUCUCACUUUUGUUAGUUUUGGGGUUUUUUUUCAUGGGGGCUCCACUCGUGCUCCUGGAAGUAUUGUGUCUAAAUCCCUCGAAGUCUUACCCUGUCCUGCAUGUUCUGUCUGGCCACAAUGACAGGAGUCAUCCUGCUUACGCAGGUGUAUAGAAAAGGAAGUGACACCCACUCCCCCCCUCAUCUGGGAUGGCGCUGACCCAAAGUUCUUCGAUGAAGUAGAAGCUUCACUCUAAAUGUAGAAAAUAUCAAGAAGGGACGUGUGUGGUGAUGGUCAAGCAGCUCCAUUCCCUGCACUAAACUUUUGUAAAAAUAAUCAAACACACGACGGCGAAUACUCUCGGAUGAAGAUCCUCUCCACGUUUGCUCUGUUGCAUCACAUCCAUGGGGGGUUUGAAGGCCGUUGAUCUGAGAAAGCACUACUCUGUGGAUACAGCGAAUGUGUAGAAAACAUUAUAGUAAUGUAUUGCAUUGUAUGUACUGUAUAUACUGAAUAAAGAUUGUAUUUUGUUCAAGUUU